AUGUCCUCUUCAGCCCCACCUGGAGGAGACCCUGUGCCCACCUGGAGGAGACCCUGUGCCCACCUGGAGGAGACCCUGUGCCCACCUGGAGGAGACCCUGUGCCCCAUGUGGAGGAGACCCUGUGCCCACCUGGAGGAGACCCUGUGCCCCAUGUGGAGGAGACCCUGUGCCCACCUGGAGGAGACCCUGUGCCCCAUGUGGAGGAGACCCUGUGCCCACCUGGAGGAGACCCUGUGCCCCAUGUGGAGGAGACCCUGUGCCCACCUGGAGGAGACCCUGUGCCCACCUGGAGGAGACCCUGUGCCCCAUGUGGAGGAGACCCUGUGCCCACCUGGAGGAGACCCUGUGCCCACCUGGAGGAGACCCUGUGCCCAUGUGGAGGAGACCCUGUGCCCACCUGGAGGAGACCCUGUGCCCAUGUGGAGGAGACCCUGUGCCCACCUGGAGGAGACCCUGUGCCCAUGUGGAGGAGACCCUGUGCCCACCUGGAGGAGACCCUGUGCCCACCUGGAGGAGACCCUGUGCCCCAUGUGGAGGAGACCCUGUGCCCACCUGGAGGAGACCCUGUGCCCCAUGUGGAGGAGACCCUGGAGGAGACCCUGUGCCCCAUGUGGAGGAGACCCUGUGCCCCAUGUGGAGGAGACCCUGUGCCCCAUGUGGAGGAGACCCUGGAGGAGACCCUGUGCCCAUGUGGAGGAGACCCUGUGCCCACCUGA